AUGGCGUCGACAACCGUCACCUAUGGGAAGAAGAGGAGCUUGCUUAGGUCUCUGGGCUCCCGUCGCCGUCAAAAGCAUUUGGUGGAAUCUAUCCAAACUAAGAAACAAGAGCCUCUCGCUGUCUCCGUCUCCAUUUCCAACGAGACACCACGACGACCACCCCGAAGGAAGACCGGCCGCCACACGAGCAGCAUUGAAGAGAUGGCCAGCCGUCUUUUGGAUGAUACUACUGCAACUCUUCAAGGGCAUGAGACACCCCGUACCUCGAAACGGGUAUCGGGCCAAGAUAAACCACCACUGCCAACGAAAUCGCCUAAGAGCGCUGCAAACCCCAAAACUCAGCCGAUAAUUUCUCCACGAAGACUUUCACCUCGACUAGAAAGACCUGCGUUGUCCCCCGAUGCCCGAAUUCGGACUGCACGAGUAGAGAAGCAUUCGCCAAAGAGUUCAGCAAGGGUAUUGAGACAAACUCCCAGUACUCGAUCGCGAGCAGACUCGAACCAGAGACGAAAGGAGACUGGCUUGCAACGGCCCCUCCCCCAGUCCAAAACUCUGUCUCUUGACCCUCUCAAGUCCCAUCCGACGACUAAUUUGAAGGCAUCUACCUCUGUUCCGCUCGGCGAUGUGGAUGGGAAUGUCAGGUAUCGAAGAGCGGUGGGCGCUGACCGACUGGCUCCCGCUGAUACGUCAACCGAUCCUGAAGACAUCAACCAGAAACUCCAUGCUAUGCUGGCCGCCACUAAUGCUCUGAAGCCUUCAACUCCCCAGAUGGGAAACUCAUCGGCAUCCAAACUCACACGCAUGGUCUCUUCAAGGAUGUUUGCCAAAGUCUCUCAUGCAUGGGAUCGUCUGCACUCAAAAAGUUCCUUCGAGAACCCAAGAGGUCGAGACAGAGGAGAAGCGCAAGUUAGCAACGAGCUAGGGGAUGGCCUUCUCAACUCGGCCUUUCCUUCUCCUGCAGCCAUGUCCCCAAUCAGCACCAUUGAGAUCCGCCUCAAUGAAGGUGACAAUCUCAACAAGAAGAAAGUGCAACGGAUCGUUGGUGGCCAAGUUGCUCGAAAACCAGUCGCAGAUGAUGGCAAGUCGCUUCGGAGUGGAAAAUCCUUGGACGAUCCUUUUGCCGAGUGUGGAAGGGCGCGUACACCGACGACGUUUGAGAGCCGACUAAAAAAGGAGUCUGACAACGACAGCGAUAUAAUUCCACCGCUACCGCGCAAUCCCUUUGAUUCCGAGAAAGGAUUCGACAACGACAUCGAGGAUAGGAUCUUGAUUACCCCGCCAGUUGGAUCAUCAACCCCUCGGAUUCGAGUUGAGAGAGUCUCGUCGGCUAGUCUUGACGACAGUCCUACGAUGAAUCACUCAAGAUCGACGCUCUUGCAGGUCAAUUCAAUGCUGUGUGGGGUCCAACUCGGGCUUGGGCGAGAGGAGCUCAUGAGAGCUCAACCGUUGGAGCUGAUUGCCAUGAAAGCAAGCGAGGGAAGGCUUGUGAAUCCUGUUACACGAACCCGCCACGACGUGGCCGAGAUGACACCGAAUAUUGAUGCAGGGGGGAGUAAUAGGGUAAAGAAACAUCCUUCUCCCAGCAAGGAGGCUCUGGAGGAUCUGGAGAUGGCGUUCCGAAAGUAUACCCAUCUUAAUAUUUCGGGAGCUAAUUCAGAUGAAAUGGACGAACUAGCAACCAGUUUUGUUUCCGUUACGCCACCUCUAGUCCAGCACGACAAAAAUCGGUUGAUUUCCAAUCGAUUGUCCGCAUCUAACAUUCAAGACCUGGCCAGCCCAUCGGUCCGCAGAGGCCACAGCCGGCCGUUGUCAUCAUCGUCAAUGAUGCAGUUUUCGCGAACCCUUCACCCCCUUGACAACGCGCGCAAAAUUUGUGGAGAGAUACGCCUCGCACCACCAUAUCGCCCAGCGGGUAUUGAAGACGAUGUAGAUGAGCUACAUUAG